GGGUCACACAAGGGUAGGACACACUGCAUCGCAGGCAGGCUUCUUCCAAGAUACCUGUCUCACCACCUGUCCCCAGAGAGAUAUCAGGAGGGGUGUGGCCGCCCUUCCGAAUCCGCCGGAGUGGGCGGGGUCUCUGGCUAAGUGGGUGGGACGCCAGGCGGGGCGAGAUCACGGAGGGAGUCCUAGUGCCUCCCCGAGGAGUCACCACCAGGCGGGCGGAGGAACCCCGCGCUGCGCUGGCGCUGCGGCUGCCGGUUGGGACAUGUGCUCACAGGAAGACUUCCAGGCACAGAGGAGCCAGCUGGUGGCACUGCUGGUCUCGGGGUCCUUGGAGGGCUUUGAGAGCAUCUUGGACUGGCUGCUGUCCUGGGAUGUGCUGUCCUGGGAGGACUAUGAGGGCCUCAGCCUCCCCGGCCAGCCUCUCUCCCAUUCUGCCAGGCGCCUCCUGGACACAGUCUGGAACAAGGGUGACUGGGGCUGUCAGAAGCUCCUUGAAGCUGUCCAGGAGUCCCAGGCUAACAGUCACAACCUUGAACUGCAUGGCUGCUGGGACACUCACUCGGUUCAUCCAACCAGAGUCCUGCAGAGUCACCGGCCAGCCAUUGUCCGGGGACUCUACAACCACGUAGAAGCCAUGCUGGAGCUGGCAAGGGAACGGGGAUUCCUGAGCCAGUACGAAUGUGAUGAGAUCAGGCUGCCAAUCUUCACGUCAUCCCAGAGGGCAAGAAGGCUGCUUGACCUCGCCACAGUGAAGGCAAAUGGACUGGCUGCCUUCCUUCUCCAGCACAUCAAAGAAUUACCUUCACCGUCCCUGCCUUAUGAAGCUGCUGAGUGUCAGAGGUUCCUAUCGAAGCUGAGGACCAUGGUGUCAGCCCAGUCGCGCUUCCUCAGUACUUACGAUGGCUCGGAGAACCUUUUCCUGGAGGAUAUAUACACGGAGAACAUCUUGGAGCUGUGGACAGAGGUGGGCACGGCUGGAGCCCUGCGGAAGAGCCCUGCCAUCCUGGGCCUGGAGGAGCUCUUUGGUACCCAUGGCCAUUUGAACAAAGAUGCAGACACUGUGCUGGUGGUGGGUGAAGCAGGCAGUGGUAAGAGCACUCUCCUGCAGCGGCUGCACUUGCUGUGGGCCACGGGGCAGAACUUCCAGGAGUUUCUCUUCGUUUUUCCGUUCAGCUGCCGGCAGCUGCAAUGCACGGCCAAGCCGCUGUCUCUAAAGAUGCUGCUCUUUGAGCAUUGCUGUUGGCCUGACGUUGGCCAGCACGAUGUCUUCCAGUUCCUCCUUGACCAUCCCGACCGUGUCCUGUUGACUUUUGAUGGCUUGGAUGAGUUCAAGUUCCGGUUCACAGACCGGGAGCGUCACUGCUCUCCGACUGACCCCACGUCAGUCCAGACUUUGCUUUUUAACCUUCUUCAGGGGAACCUGCUAAAGAAUGCUCGCAAGUUGCUGACCAGUCGUCCGGAUGCUGUGUCAGCUCUCCUCAGGAAGUUCGUCCGGACAGAAUACCACCUCAAGGGCUUCUCGGAAGAGGGCAUUGAACAGUACCUGAGGAAGCACCACCGGGAAGCUGGAGUGGCGGACCGCCUCAUCCGCCUGCUCCGAGCCACGUCGGCCCUGCAUGGUUUGUGCCACCUCCCUGUCUUUUCAUGGAUGGUGUCCAGAUGCCACCAGGAACUGUUGUUGCAGAGUGGGGGCUUCCCGACGACCAGCACGGACAUGUACCUCCUGAUCCUACAGCAUUUCCUGCUGCAUGCCUCCCCUCCGGAUUCCUUCCCUCUCAGCCUGGGACCCAGGCUCCUUCAAAGCCGCCUCUCCACCCUCCUGCACCUUGGCCACCUGGCUCUCCGGGGCCUGGCCGUGAGCUGCUACGUGUUCUCAGCCCAGCAGCUCCAGGCGGCACAGGUCGACGCUGAUGAUAUUUCUCUUGGUUUCCUGGUACGUGCCCAAAAUGUUGCGCCCGGGAGCAAGACACCCCUGGAAUUUCUGCACAUUACCUUCCAGUGCUUUUUUGCCGCGUUCUACUUGGCAGUCAGUGAGGACACGUCAGCGGCCUCACUCAGGCACCUCUUCAGCUGUGGCCGGCUGGGGAGCUCACUGCUGGUUCGGCUGCUGCCCAGCCUGUGUAUCCAGGGCUCCAGAGUCAGGAAGGGCAGCGAAGCGGCUCUCCUACAGAAGGCUGAGCCACACAACCUGCAGAUCACAGCGGCCUUCCUAGCGGGUCUGCUGUCCAAGGAGCACUGGGACCUGCUGGCCGCAUGCCAGGUCUCUAAGAGGGUGCUGCUCCAGCGCCAAGCAUGUGCCCGCUCCUGUCUGGCCCAGAGCCUUCGCGAACACUUCCACAACAUCCCGCCUGCCGUGCCUGGUGAGGCCAAGAGCAUGCAUGCCAUGCCUGGCUUCAUCUGGCUUAUCCGGAGCUUGUAUGAGAUGCAGGAGGAGCAGCUGGCACAGGAGGCUGUGCGUCGAUUGGACAUUGGGCACCUGAAGUUGACGUUUUGCAGGGUGGGCCCUGCAGAGUGUGCUGCCCUGGCCUUCGUGCUGAGGUACCUCCAGCGGCCUGUGGCCCUGCAGCUGGACCACAACUCUGUUGGAGAUGCUGGAGUGGAACAGCUGCUGCCCUGCCUUGGUGUCUGCACAGCUCUGUAUUUGCGAGAUAACAAUAUCUCAGAUCGAGGAAUCUGCACACUGACUGAGUAUGCUCUCCAUUGUGAGCAGCUGCAGAAGCUAGCUCUCUUCAACAACAAGCUCACGGAUGGCUGUGCCUACUCCAUAGCCAAGCUCCUUGCACACAGGCAGAACUUCUUGUCACUGAGGGUGGGGAACAAUAACAUUACGGCUGCUGGAGCCCAGGUGCUGGCCCAGGGGCUGAAGAGCAACACCUCCUUGCAGUUCCUGGGGUUCUGGGGCAACAGUGUGGGCGAUAAGGGUGCCCACGCCCUGGCUGAAGCGGUGGCAGGUCACCAGAGCAUCAAGUGGCUCAGCCUGGUGGGGAACAACAUUGGCAGUGAGGGAGCCCUAGCCCUAGCACUGAUGUUGGAGAAGAACAAGUCACUGGAGGAACUCUGCCUGGAGGAAAACCAUGUCUGUGACGAAGGGGUGUAUUUUCUCGCAGAAGGACUGAAGAGAAAUGCAAGUUUGAAAAUCUUGAAGCUGUCCAACAAUGGCAUUAGCUACCGGGGUGCAGAAGCCCUCCUGCAGGCCCUCAGCAGGAAUGGUACCAUCCUGGAAGUUUGGCUCCGAGGGAACACCUUCUCUCCGGAGGAAGUUGAAACACUCAGCUCCAGUGACAGCAGACUCCUGCUAUGAAGUCUCAGCCUUGGAGGCUUGGACUCUGGAGGCAGUAUCCCUGUGCUGCUCAGAGCUGGACACCCCCCCAAGCACUAUAGUUUCCUUCUGAUAGCAGGAAAGGGUGCUCCAGUGUGCUCCAGAAUUGGCUUUUCCCAAGGAUGCGUGAUGGUUGGACUUGGUUGACUGAACUGGUUUAAGAGACACUUGGGACUAGAGGACCACAUUUCUGUGGGGUGUCUAGAGAGGACAGUGACUGAGAGAGAGAGGUCCUGACUGAAUGUGGGCAACAUCAUCCACUGGGUGCCCCAUGGGAGGAAGCUGAGGGAGGAGGAUGCCAUACUUGCAUGAGUGAGCUCUUCUUCCUGAGUGAGGACUUCUGUGGCUGCUGCCAUCACCUUUGGACAGCAGACUCCGGCUUCUUUGGUCUUCCGACAUGGACCCAGAACCAGUGGCAUUUCAAGGAGCUCCCAGGCCUCAGCUUCUCGGUCCUGGCAGGUACCAGAGUCUCUGCCUUUCCAGAUGGUCACUGUUGGACUACCCAGUCCUGAUGAUACUCUGAGCAUGGGAUGAACACUCUGACAGGAUGUGGCUGGCCUCUAGCUGAACGGCCAGGGUUCUGAUGGGGGUCAGUCAGACCUAUGGAUGUUAACUCAGGGCCUGUUGGUGUAGAGACCUAGACUCUCAUGCAAGACACCACCUCCUCUUCUCUCUUGGAGAGGAAUAUCCAGGAAGCAGCUUUUUAGCUACGUCUGGACUCAGCUCACCCUCUAAGGCCAUCCAACUCUGCCCCCCCCACUCACCCUGCACGAGGACCAACAGGACCUCACCCCAGACAGCCAACACAAUACCUAUCCUUCUCUUCUUUCUUAACACAAACAACAGCCAUUUGCCCUCAGGAUGUUCUGGAUUUACAAGGAAAACAUGACCACAUUCCAGCUGGGACCACAUGUGGACUUUGGUUUCCAGUAACAUCAAUUACUCUGUAGCUGAGCCUUUGGAAUCAGGUCCUCCCUCAGCUACAGCUUUUUAAAGUUAAUCUGGGCUAGAAUUUCAAACAACCCCAGUGGGCCUCGAGUUGCUGCCUGUGAACUGAACUGUAACAACGGACUUCUGAAACAUAUUCCUAAAAGACAGCUCCAUUUUAUCUGUGACAGAGUGCUUUAGGACAUAGAGUCAGGGGUUGGACAUCUAUGGGGGACAAAACCAGGCCUUUUUUUUCUAAGCCAGGACUUUUUGUGGUUUUCAAAUUGUCACCGCUGUAAUUUGUAAAUUAUAGAAAUGUUACUGCCUUCCAUAUCAUUGUGUGUGAAAGCAAGUUAAUAUUUAUAAACUGCAUUGUUUUAUUAUAAGUUGGUAUUUUCAUAGACAAUGUGAUCAUGAACUUUCUGUUAUAAAUAACCACAGAGGUGAAAACUGUUGAGUUCCCAAAGCUGUGUUAAUUAUGAUGAAACAUUUAAAAGUACCCCUAAACCUGUCAAA